AUGCACUCAUACAGGGGCCCACGCCACUAUUCCUACGAAUGCAAGGUCCAACUCCAGGAACGGCCCUACAACGCCAGGCCGUCUCGCACCCAGCAGCUGCUCAACCCCAAGCUUGUUCCCAAGCUCACCAAUGACACGCCUGACGAUGCUACGCGAAAGAAAGGUGUUGCCGACGAGGAGUUGGCAAGAAAGGAGGCCGAGAGGGCUCGCAAGCGGGAGCUAGAUGAAGAUAAUGAACCGCGUGGACGCGAGCACGAAUCCAAACGCCAACGAUCCAGCUCCGUGGACUCGGUCUCAUCCAUCUCGACAAGGUCUUCUAAGUCACCGCCCCCACGAGCACGGGCAUCGCCCGCGCCGCGCCGCGCCCACGAUGAUUCGCCACCCGCACGACGGGCGAGGCGAAGCAGGUCCUUCGACUCUGCCGGCAUCAAGGAUCGCCUGAUCCUCGCGAACAUCCCGAUUCCCGCCGGGGGGCUCGUGACAGCUCCUCUGAGAGAGACCCACGACCACACGUGCGGCAAACGCGUCGCUCUUCUCUUUCCGACGACGGAAGACCACCGCCUCGGCGACAGCAGAGGUACGAUUCGCGUUCGCCGGGUCGACAAGACCCCAGAGAUCGACGUCGAGCAGAGGAAGGUCAGUACAGGGAGUACAGGGAACGACACGAGGGCCCUCGGGGUCGUCAGGGACAUAGAACCCCUCCAGAGCCUGAGCCACCUCGGGAGCGCAGUUUGA